ACGUGCUUAAAAAGUGUUACUUGGCAGAAAACUGAAGAAAAAGCAGUUGGUUGUCACACUUUGGACUAUCUUCACCUUGCUUGAAGUUUGUUCAACUUGAGCUUGUGAAGAAUGGGUUGUGGGUUUUGUGAGUCUGCUCUUUCUAACUGCGUGGGAACACUGCUUGUGGAUUGGGUGGCGAAGCCAGUAGGACGUCAAUUUAAUUACAUUUGCCAUUUUCACCACAAUGUUGAAAAGCUCAAGAAAAGAAAAGAAGAUCUGAAAAAGGCACGGGAUCGGCUGCAACAUGACAUUGAGGAUGCUGAAAGGCAACUUCAAGAAAUUGAAGAUGAUGUCAAAGAUUUGCUAUCACGGGCAGACAUAAUCCUAUCUGAUGAAACUCUAGAAAAUGAAAUGCAACGAAAUAUGAGAUGUUUCAUUUGGUGUCCUAACUGGAGUAGGCGGUAUUGGUUAAGCAAGAAAGCAAUGAAGAACACUCUUGUUAUUGGUGAGCUUAUUGAGAAGAUCGCCAAAUUUAGUCAACCUGGACGAGUGGGCUACCGUUCACGUAGUACAAAUCAAACCAUAGAAUUUCUCUCAUCCAAGGAUUUUAUGAUUUUUGAAUCUUCAAAAAAGGAUUCGAUCAGAUAAUUGAAGCCUUACAGG